UAUGAUUUCUAAUUUAUGAUAUGUUUUUUAGCAUGUAGUUUUAGACUUUUAGCUAUCUGCUAUGCGUCUGCAAUCCGGUACGCCCGAGGACCUAUUUUUUCCAUGUUUGAAAUCCGUCCGGGGGUAUAAAAAAUCAGCUGGCCUUCUCUCCUUUUCAGUGCUCCGAAUUAUUACUUUUCCAUUGAGAUCUGCACAAAAUCCUCAAGAUUUCAGUAUUCGAAUUCUGGGUUCUCUUCAGACUUCACAGUUGUGAACUGGGCAGCCACUGCAUCUGGUUACAGAGCUUCCUGGAAUGAAGUUGCAAAAUAUUGGGAAUAUCUGGCUUGAUUGAUAGCAUAACUUUCUUAGCGAGGGAUCUUCGCAUUUUUUUGGAGAUUCGAAGAUGAAGAAACCGCAAAAGAUCACUCAGUACAGGGAGAGGCUGGACAGGACACUGGCAUCUCCUAGUCUAAGUGAUGAGGAAGCAUUAAAAACCCUUGUCAAGAAUCAGCUGAUUCGUUCUUUGGAAAAUGAAAAUGAAGGAUGCAAUGAGAAUAUGGUUGAAGAAAAGACGGCUGAAGUAUCCAAUUUACUGGAUAUGUUAAGGAGCGCUUCCCUUAUUAAUGACAAGGGAUUGAAAACCUGUGAGACCACAACCCAACCCGAAUGGAAAUUAAAACACGAUAAUGAAGAGUUCCGUGUGAUGUAUCGUGAGGGAAUUGAAGGCAGUCCCUUUCAUACAUUACUUGCUGAAGGCUAUGUAGACGGGCCUGUAGAUGUCUGUUUAUGCAUCUCGUGGGAGUCAGACCUUUACAAGAAAUGGUGGCCUGAGUCUACAGUUCCAACUUUCAAAAUCCUCUCUAGCAAAUGUUUGAAGAAGGUCAGGAUCGGUGAACAGAUAUCUUUAGUGAGGAUGAAAAUUCCAUGGCCACUUUCAGCUAGGGAGGCAGCUGUACACUAUUUUAUGUUUGAGUACUUCCAAGAUGAUCUGAUUGUUGUGCUCUUUAAAUCGAUCUCCGACUUGGAAAGCAUUGAUGAUACUCAUUGUCCCACCAAUGAGGCUACUGCUGGAGCAAAGGAUGCUGUAAGGAUAGAUAUGGUGGGUGGCUUUGCUUUGCAGAAGGUUACCAACGAAAGAAGUUACUUUCGGACAAUAUCAAGUACGGAUAUAAAGAUGGAUUUCGUCCCGCCAUCCCUUUUAAAUUUUAUCUCGAGGCAGCUCAUUGGCAAUGGUCUCAAACUCUACCAAAAGGUAGUGUCUUCUAAGCUUAACUGCAAUGACGAUUACAGUAAGGCCUUGAGUGGCCCACUGUACUCUCAUAUACGUGAAGCUCUUUUUUCACAUAAUAAAUCAAAUGGGGCUUUGGAAGAAAAGAAGCUACAUAAUGAUACAUUCAGUCUCUCGGAAGAACAUCUGGUAAAAGAUAAGACGGAUGAGAGUUUGGUAGAUGUGGAUCAGAAAGUCGAUAAUGAUCACCCUGCAAGUGGAGUGGCUCCAGAAGUUGCAAAAGUUAUACGAGGAGGCUCAUUUGAUGAGAUUGAGGAGGUAGAGAGCGACGAAAGCAGGCGACAUGAGGUUCAAACACCCAACAGAGUUGUUGAAAGGGAACGUGUAAAUGGAAAGGGAAAUGUUUUGGUCAGUUCUGAAGUGGAGCAAGCUCUAGGAACAUUAGAAAAGGUAAUUUAUAAGGUUCGGCAAAAUAGAUUGAAUGCUCAAAAGCGGUCGUCUUCUGGCUUCACCAAUGGAAUCCCGCCAAAGGAAAAUAAUGCAGGUAACCCAAAAUCUUUAGAAGGUGGAGUUUGUGGAAGUGGUGAACAUGUUCUUGAAGCAUCUAAAGAAGAGUUUGUCAAGACGACUCAGCCCGAGUCUGCAAGGAAUGGCUCUGUCAUUCACAACUCAAGCAAUGCAGGUUCGAAUUCCUUGUCCAAGGAUGUUAACCCUAACAGAGCACUACCUACUUCCCUGGAGCAGGAACUUUCGGUUUCUCAUGACAGUAACCAGGUUGCAUUGCUUUCCUCCAAUGACGGAACUACAGAGACACCUGCUGUCGAUCAUACUAUGCAUCGUUCCGACCGCAUGAACUCCGAGAUCAACGGCGAUCAAGAAAGUCGCCCUAGUAGAACAAAAAAGCCGAGGCAGCAAAAAGCGCUUCGGUUCUGUUGCUUCAGCAUCAGUUAAAGACAGAUUUUUAAGAGGUGGGAAGAGGCUGAACUGUAACUGUAACUGUAACAUGUUACCCAUGAGAAAAACUUAUAUGAUGCUUAAAGAUAUAUUAUACUGCUUUAGGAGACAUUAAGGAUGUACGAUAUUCUGGAAUAAUAAUCUACAAUAAUAAAGUAAAUCUAUUUGUCACA